AUAGCUUUAUGAGCACGGUCACUCUGGCACGCUAAUCGAUUUAUUUUGUACAAAAAAAAACAGCAUAAAUCCGCAAAGUUGUCGCAAAUAAGCGUGCAACUCGUUCGCCCUGUAGCCUAGUGCAUCGGAUCGGAUACCCAAGUUGCCGCCAAUAUAAGCCCGCAGCCAGUAAACCCGAUAAACAAGAUAUUCCAGGGAUUGAUCAAAAGCAAGGAGAAGAGGCACAACGGCACAACAACAACGCAAGCUCGCCACGUCAGUGGGAGUGAGCGAGAGCGCAAGAGCCAAGCGAACGGGAGCGAGCGAGAGGGAGGGAUAGAAAUAGAAAAAGGAGGAAAAAUGUUUAGUAACUUUAAGGUACGUUUUAUAUCGGCCAUAGCGCCGGAUUUGCCACCACUGCCGGGCACCGGUGAACGCAACAGUGGCGGUCACCACUCGCAGCACCAGCGUCUCCGGUUCGGCGGUUCCGGCGGACAACCGAUGCCGGAUAAGUUCCCCUACGCCCGGCCGCCUUUCCUGCAGCUUCUCACGCCGGACGAACUGCGCGCCUCCGCGGACCACAAUGUGCGCCCCAUCAUCGUGCCGCGGGACAUCAACCUGCUGCCCUGGGGCACCGGAUACGCCGAAUGCGUCAAUUCCGGAAAGUCUGAGUGGAACGAGGACCAGGGCGCCUUCUGCCGGCAAGUUCUUUCGGAUCCGGAGCACAAGCACCCGGAUCUCCCUUACACAUACUUUGGCAUUUUCGACGGACACGCCGGAUAUGGAGCCGCACUGGCCGCCUCGCAUCAGUUUCAUCACAUCCUGCACGAAAAGCUGGUAGACUGCCUGGAGCUGCUCCUGCCGCGGGACGCGGAGGCCACCAGUGGUGGCGGGGAUGGCAGCAAGCUAAAUCCCACAUUUCCGCACCCCAUAUACUUUCAGCGCCGCGUGAGCAAGGACGAGCUGAUCAUCGGGGCGCUGGAGAGUGCCUUCUUCAACAUGGACUCGCUGAUAGCGCAGGACAGUGAUCGUUAUCGAGAUGCCGGUGGCUGCACCGCCUGCGUUUCAUUGUUCAUCGAUGGCAAGAUGUAUGUGGCGAAUGCCGGCGAUUCCAGAGCUGUGCUCUGCCAGCGGCGUGCCACACCGGAGAGGCCACAAACGAAUACGGAUUCUGGCAUUGAGCCGGAUCCCCUAGAAGCUAGCUGUUAUCCAGUGCCGUUCUCCGCGGAUCACACGCCCGAAACAGAGCGCGAACGAUUGCUGAAUGUGGCCAGGUUGAAGCCACACCUAAUGGGCCAACAUUAUGUGGCCAUGGAGUACGCCAAGCGGCCGCACAUCAAGGACAUGGGCCAGCGCAUCCUCUGCCGGCAGGGAACCAUGCGUGGCUGGACGUACAAGACGCUGACCAGGGAGGAUCUCCGCAUGCCGGUGGUGAAUGGCGAGGGGAAGCGAAGUCGCUUGCUGGGCACCUUGGGCGUAACGCGUGGGUUUGGCGAUCACGAGCUGCUGGCCAUCAACACUGGUAUACAGAUCAAACCCUUCCUCACGCCCCAUCCCGAUGUGAGGCAACGAGACCUUACGCAGGUGGUCUGCAUUCCGGAUGAGGACAAUCGGGACGGCGACUACGGCGUGCUCGUCAUGGCCACCGAUGGCCUGUGGGAUGUGUCAGAGAAUGAGGCUGUUUCACGCACCGUCUUCCAGACGCUCUCCAAAUAUCCAACGGAGAAGCAUCGAUAUACGAUGGUCGCCCAGGAGCUGGUUGCCCGUGCCCGUGGCAAAAUCAACGACUCUGGGCAUUGGCGACUCGCCGAUAGCAAGGCGGCAGCCACGGUUGAUGACAUAUCGGUGAUUGUGAUCCCGGUUAGCCAGUAUUACAAGGAGCACGUGGAGUGGACACAGAACUACAAGCGAGAUCUCGAGCAUCGUCGCCGCCAGGCACAGGCCAACAUGGCCCAGGAGGCGGUCAACGUGCUCAAUGGCGUAAUUGCCGAGGAGGCGCACGUCGUCGAGGAGGAGGAGGAGGGCGAGGUGGUCGUGCACGAAGCCAGGAGCUCGCAGAAGCAACAGGAGAAGCAGCAGCAGCUGGCGGAGGAGGCAGAGACCCUAGUGGUGGAGCUGACCCCCUCGCUGGAGCAGGUGCAGCUAAAGGACACGGAUUCAGCAGUGGCCGAUUUCGGCAAGGAAGAGGAUAAUAAUAAGGAGACAGAGAAAGAGAAAGACGCGACGACGACGCGGCAACAGCAGCAACAAAAGGGUCGCAAGGGCAAAGGCAAGCACUAGGACACAGGUCCUGCCACACAGGCCGCAUUAUUAGGCUUAUUUAGAGACACAGCAAUAUUCAAACGGAUACAGAUGCGACAGUUGUUAACACAUCUAUAUUUUUUUACACUCCACACACAAGAACAAACUCAAAACAUUCAAAGUUUAUACAUAAUUUGCUUAUGUACAAAAAAAACAAAACGAAAACGCAAGUCAACUUAAUUGCAUUGUACAAUAAUUUGCUUUAACUUAAGUGUGUUUGUUUUCAUUCGAUCCAAAUUUAUAAAUAGAUGAACAAAGAAAGCCUCAGAAUAACGGUGGCGAAUUUUUCAAUUAACACAAAUGAAAACCUUAUGAUUCCAAUUAAACACAUACAAACAAAACAAAAAUUGAAAAGUAUUUUAAGCUGCGAAACGAUAAAAUAAAAUAAAACAACAAUUAUUGUUACAUAGAAACAAUCGAACAAAUUAUUGGUAUGAUAGAUAAGAGAAAAAACGAUUAGAACUGAACAAAGUUCUAGCCAAAUAUGAAAUUUCAGAAACAUUGGGUGAGUCAAUAGUCAGAGCGUAUAGCUAUUAUGAAGAGCGCAAUCGAAAUACAACUUAAAAAUAAAGUCAAGAAGCUUAUAAAUAAAAAAUGUUAUGCUAUAUAAUGUUCACGUUCAUUAUUAUAGUUUGAUAUCACCGCGCCGUGAUAAAACCUUAUCUAAAACGAUAAGAACCCAGCGAUAAGAAACCAUUUAUUUGCUUUACGCUUAU